AUGCACAUCUUUCAAUCUCCUCCCGCCGCCGAUCCGGCUCUGCGGUCACCGGAGUUUUUGUCCGACCACCAAUACCCCAGGAAGAAUUUCUUGGUUUCAAGUAAGAAAAUGGAUUCUCGGGCGUGCAUGAAUGGGGUUUGUGGGGCAUCUUCAUCGUCAUCAACGUCAAUUGAAUGGAAAAAGGGUUGGCCUCUGCGAUCCGGUGGAUUUGCCACUCUUUGUGCUAAGUGCGGGACUGCCUAUGAGCAAUUAGUCUUCUGUGAAAUGUUUCACUCCAAGGAAACUGGUUGGAGGGAGUGCAGUUCAUGUGGCAAGAAUCUUCAUUGUGGAUGUAUUGCUUCCAGCUCAUUGCUUGAGUUGCUUGACACUGGAGGUGUAAACUGUAUUGGUUGCUGCAGAAGUUCUAAACCUCACAGUACUCCGACACAAGAAAAAUCUAAAUUAUGUGUCGCCUCAACUGCAGAUAGUAUCAGUGGAAAUCUUGAUAAGAUGACAUGUACACAAUCUGGUGAUGAUGCUCAAAAUGACUGCCGGAAACUAGUGCUACCUUCCGGGAAUGAUGAUCCAACAGUAUCUCUUGGUCCAAUUAAACUGGAAGAAGGUUUUCCUGCUUCAGAAGAUAUUGGGCAUAAAUUAUUAUUAAAUUUUAAUCAGGCAUCUACUGAGUCAUCACAAAACAUAGAAUCAUACAAAGCACAUGUGGAUGCUAAGACUGUACAUAAAUCAUUAAUUCAAACAAACUUGAGUAUCGCAUUGUCUGCUUCAGCAAAUGCAAAUCCAUCUUAUGGAGUGGUUGCUGAUGAAAGGGAAUCAUCCAUUUCUUCCUUUCAUCAGGGGUGUAGGCCUCGCCAUCUUUUCCAGAGACCCCCAAGUUCUAUUCUUUCUGCUGGGUUGGAAACAAACUCUAGCACGAUUUCACAGUUACGGGUUGCAAGACCACCUGUUGAAGGACGGGUUAAGAAUCAGUUGCUACCUCGUUAUUGGCCUCGAAUAACAGACAAGGAGUUGCAACAAAUAUCUGGAGACUCAAAUUCUACCAUUGUGCCAUUAUUUGAAAAGGUUUUGAGUGCCAGUGAUGCUGGGCGAAUAGGUCGUCUAGUUCUUCCUAAAGCAUGCGCUGAAGCAUAUUUUCCACCAAUCUCUCAACCAGAGGGCCUUCCUCUGAGGAUUCAGGAUGUGAAGGGCAAAGAAUGGGUAUUCCAGUUUAGAUUUUGGCCUAAUAAUAACAGCAGAAUGUAUGUUUUAGAGGGUGUUACUCCUUGCAUCCAGUCAAUGCAAUUACAGGCUGGUGAUACUGUAACUUUCAGUCGCAUGGAUCCAGAAGGAAAACUUCUGAUGGGGUUUCGCAAAGCGUCAAGCACUAUUUCUGUGCAGGAUUCACAUCUAUCUGCCUUAUAUAGUGGUGUGUUACAAAAUGAACCGCUCUUGGCAGCUGCAGAUAAUCUACCUGUAAUGAGUGGCUACUCUGGAAUUCUUCAGUCACUGAAAGGAAGCAGGAAUUCUUCUAUGAAUGUGCCAUCUAAACAUUUUUAUGGUGGAAAUUUAAGCCCACUAAUGUCUGAGAAGAAUGGGUCCAAAGCUGGAGAUGGUAUGCUUCCCCAGUCAUUGCCACUUCCUGAGCGCAAAAGAAGUCGAAAUAUUAGCUCAAAGAGUAAGAGAUUACAUAUUGAUAGUCAAGAUGCUUUGGAGCUGAAACUUUCAUGGGAAGAAGUACAGGAUAUGCUCUGCCCCCCUCUUAGUGUCAAGCCAAGCACUGUCACAAUCGAGGAUCAUGAAUUCGAAGAAUUUGAAGAACCACCAGUUUUUGGGAAGAUGGGUAUUUUUACUGCCCGCAUAGCUGGGGAUGAGCAGGAGCAGUGGGCUCAGUGCGAUAGCUGCUUUAAAUGGCGAAGACUUCCUGUUGAUAUUCUUCUCCCUCCUAUGUGGACAUGUCAGGACAAUGUUUGGGACCAAACAAGAUGCUCGUGUUCUGCACCAGAUGAAUUGGGUGCCAGGGAACUUGAGAAUCUUCUUAAAAUGAACAGCGAGCUUAAAAAAAGGAGAUUUGCAACGAGCCACAGAUCGGCAGAGGCAUGUGAAUCUGCAGUCCAAGAAGCUCUGGUGAACGCUGCAUCUGUUGGAGGUGACGUGAGUGAGCCAGGUGCUUCAUCUGUUGCAACGACUACCAAACAUCCUAGACAUCGUCCCGGAUGCUCCUGCAUUGUGUGCAUACAGCCUCCCAGUGGGAAGGGUAAACACAAGCCCACAUGCAUGUGCAACGUAUGCAUGACAGUCAAACGACGCUUUAAGACCCUGAUGAUGCGCAAGAAGAAACGUCAAUCAGAGCGUGAAGCUGAAAUUGCAUUGAAGAAUCAGUUUGUGUUGGGUCCCAAGGAGGAAGCAGAGGUGGAAAGCAUCCCGAGUAAGACAAUAUCUCAGCCUAAUCCAUCUAAUGAAAAAAGAUCGGGAAGCGAGUUGUUUUUCCAAUGCCAUGACAACAGUCAAUCUCAAGAAAAUGCUGAAAUGCACAAGGGAGGAUUGGACUUGAAUUGUUGUCCAGAUAGAGAAAAUGUACAUACAGGGUCGUUGCGUGUAAGCAUGAUGAGUCUUCUUCAGGAAGCUAGUUUGCCUUUGGACACAUAUUUAAGGCAGAAUGGUCUUACAAGCUUGGCUUCUGUCCAAAUGGGUUCUCCACAGGCCCCCGAAGAGAGUGAAACUCGACUGCAAGAAGACUCAGUCCCUGCUGUUGUUCAGGAGGAUCAAGACUGUAAUGACGAACACUCAGAGCCUGAUCAAAGUGAAAACGAUACUGCAUGA